UGACGGCAGCUGAGUGGAGAGUCAGCCCCACUGUCAGAGCCCGUGUGUCGGUCAGUGGGUGUGUGUUGGCUUGGGAGUGUGUACGGGCGUUUAAAGUCCAGUUGGAUUAUCUUAAACUCGGAGAGAACGAACAUAUGCUCGUCUUCUAGGAAUUUGUACGCGCCUCAGUGCAGUGAAAGCUUGCCUGCCAGUGUUUUUUGUCUGAGUGCAUAGGUGUGUGUGUGUGUGUGUGUGUGUGUGUGUGUGUGUGCAAGUCAUAGGGUGAAAUGUUUGUGUGAGUGCCUCCGCACCCUGGUUGGAGAGUGUGUGUCCCAUGAGAGGCUCGGCUGAGAUGCAGGGAGCUCGAUCCUCUGCUGUGCGGCUCCUGCUGAUGAGCUGCUGUGUGUGUGCGGCGGCCGGCUACCCGUUCAGAACGCCCCUGGACCUGGACGUGACUCCACGCAUCACAGUGUUGAGCAGCGGUCUCCAGGGCUGCAGGCGUUUCCAGUCCUCUGCAGUCAACUACAGCACCAUGUUGCUGGAGGCUGACAGUGAGCGUCUCUACGUCGGGGCCCGGGGGGCUGUAUUUGCUCUCAAUGCCUCUAACAUCUCAGCCAGCUCUGCUCUCACUAUUGAGUGGGAGGCCUCCCCCGAGCAGAAACGUCAGUGUCUGCUCAAGGGAAAAGACAAUAAGACGGAGUGUUUUAAUCACAUCCGCUUCCUCCAGAGGUUCAACUCGACUCAUCUCUACAUGUGUGGGACUCAUGCCUUCAGACCCCUCUGUGCAUAUAUAGAUGAGGAAAAGUUUGUGAUGUCAUCUCAACCUGAAGAGGGCAGAGACAAAUGUCCCUAUGGCCCAACAACAGGCUACACUGCCCUCAUAAUUGACCAGCAGAUGUAUACAGCUUCCCAGUAUGAGUUUAGGAGCUUCCCAGAUAUUCGCCGCAACUCCCCACCUCCCACACUGAAGACAGAGGAUGCCCCCACACGCUGGCUGAAUGAGGCCGACUUUGUGGGUUCUGCCUUGGUGAGGGAGAGCUUGGGCAGCAGCACCGGCGAUGACGACAAGAUCUACUUCUUCUUCACCGAGACGAGCCAGGAGCAGACGACGACCUACAGCCACAGCAGGGUGGCACGAGUGGCCCGGGUUUGUAAAGGGGACCGAGGAGGCCGUUUGACUCUUCAGAAAAGGUGGACGUCCUUCCUCAAGGCCAGGCUGACAUGCUCUCUGCCCGAGUACGACUUCCACUUUAACAUGCUGCGCAGCAUGUUUGUCAUGCCUGGCCACACGCCGCAGGACACCCUCUUCUACGGCAUCUUUGGCUUAGAGUGGAAAAACGUCAAGGCGUCUGCGGUUUGUCGAUUCUCUCUGACUGAAGUCCAAGAGGCCUUUCAAGGACCCUACAUGGAGAACCAGGACUCCGGCUCUAAGUGGAAGGAAUACACUGGAAAGAUCCCUGACCCGCGACCUGGAACGUGUAUAACUGACACUCUGAGGGCCAGGGGCAUAAACGUGUCCACUUCGCUGCCCGAUGAUGUGCUGGACUUUGUCAGGAGGCAUCCUUUGAUGUCCCAGCAGGUCCAACCUUCAGACAGACGCCCCCUUUUGUUCAGGAGGACCACAGACUACACACACAUGGCUGUGCGCAUGAUCCAAGGCUUGGAUGGACAAACAUACCAUGUAUUAUACAUGGGCACAGAUGAGGGCUGGUUACAUAAAGCUGUAGAAGUUGAAGGUCAGCUACACAUUAUUGAGGAGCUUCAGGUCUUUGAGGACCAACAGCCUGUUGACAACGUGCUACUAUCUGCAGAAAAGAUGAGUGUGUACCUGAGCUCUUCGUCAGGCGUGGUGCAGCUUCCCCUCUCUGACUGUCACAGAUACGCUUCCUGCUACGACUGCAUCUUCGCCAGGGACCCUCACUGUGCCUGGAACGGAGCCCAGUGUGUGGACAUAAUGGCCCUUGAAGACAGAUCCACUUUAAUCCAGGACAUCCAGCAUGGCAACAGGGGAUGUGAGAGCACACAAGAUGAUGUUGUCCUGCGGAGCCGCACUGUGCGGGUGGGUGAUGAUGUGCUGCUUCAGUGCGAGCUCAGCUCUAAUCUGGCGACGCCUCUCUGGACUCUUGACGACAGUGAGCUGCAGGGCUACGGCCUCAACUCUGGCUUCAGAACCGGCACAGACGGGCUGUUGAUCAUUGAGGCUCGGCAGGACCAGAGCGGGCUGUACACCUGCUACGCUGUCGAGAACAACAUCAAGGUCGCUAUAGUUUCCUACAAUAUUACCAUCCGCCUAGACCUGCCCCCUCCCCCACCCGUUGAGCCAACUGAGGACCAUUACAGUCUCUUCGCGACUCUGCUGCCACCCACUGAGCGUCCCUCAUCUGAGAGGCCGCUGCCGCCACCUCCAGCCCCUCUCCUCCCCCACUCAGAGCUGCUCACCCCCAGGAACAUGGAGGCUAUGUACCUGUCCCUCAUCACCAUCUUGGGAGGCCUGUGUGUGGUCCUCACCGUGGUCCUUGUCUACGUGGGCGUCUGCCUGCGAGUAGGUAACAGAGGGAAAUACUCUUUACGCGCUGCAGCUGCUGCCUACCCAAGCAGUAAGAGGAACAACAAGAACAAAAAACAGCACAGGAACUCCUCCCACAUGGAGCUGAAGACCAUCUCGAGCCACUGCAACGGCAACGGCGUCUGUAACGGAGGUUCAAAACACCAGAACGGCGGCAUCCAAGACGGAGGCUUCCUCCAGAUUGUCCCGGGUGAGGGUCACACAUCACCCAAUAAGGAGCCUCCUCCCCCAGCCCCGCCUCUCCCACCAACUCCGCAGCAUCACUCUCCAGAGUGCGACUUCCCAAGCGGGCUGUCGGCCACACUGCCCAGCGUCCUGAGGAGGAUGAACGGCAACAGCUAUGUGCUGCUUAGGCAGAGCGACUCUGAAAACACGCCUUCGCACGGCUACUCCUUCGCUGAGGAGCUCAACAGGAUCUUAGAGAAGAGGAAACACACUCAGCUGCUGCCCAGGCCGGACGAGAGCUCUGUGUAGAGAGAUGAACCUCCCCCUGUGGUGGGAAGACUACUGUGUUCUUAUCUGGUGCUGAAGUGCCUGUCAUGACUCAUUAUUGUUGAGGACUAACGCAAUGAGAGUCUUAUCUAUGUUCUUUGCUUUGGAUUUUCUUCCACAUUGAGACAUUCCUGCUUUUUGAACCUUGUUUGCCAUCCUUAAUUGCCAAAUUUCCCAACACGUAACAAGUGAAAAUUGGUGAGUCAUGCCAGUGAAGGAGCGACCAUGUAAUCUACCUCACCUCAAUACUGCCCAGAGAGACAACAGCAGUCAGUCUGCAGAAUAUCAGGCCUGAGAUCUCAGCUGCAAGAAGUUCUGUGAUCCACAAAGCACAAAGCGAGACAUACAGCGUCCCAACGAGGAGCACAACCCCACAGGAAUAUAAAUACAUGAAGACUUCUGCUGUGCGGCAGCCAUGUUUGGCUUAAUUUCAACUGGAGGGCAGCUAGCCAAAGUUUGCUUGCACUGAUUAAAGUGCACAGAUGGCCUAUGCAUUUUUAAAACGUGACAUUCACACAUUAUGAAUAUUGAGGGAGAUGGACAUGGUGAGCAAAGGAAUCUAGUGUGCAGUGUUUUCACUUUUAAUAACCAAUCGCAAUAACCAACACAAAAUAUACAAUAACUCAUGACAGCACAUAACACUUUACACCAGCCAUUAGAAAGAAAUGAUGAACUAAUCAUUCUUUAAUAUCACUAUUCACCAUAAAAUGAAGUAAUUGAAGAUUUCUUAAUUUAUUGCUGUGUUUUAAUGACAUUAAGUACCUAGUCUGUUUUUUGAUUAAUGACAAUAUUCAUAAUUACCAUCUAUAUGUGGUGUUUACUAUUGUAAGAAAUUAACAAUUUGUUGGUUAGCUCAAAAUAUACAAGUAAAUACAGAAGCAGAGGCUCACAAUCCAUCAUAAAUUCAUUAUAACUUGUUAUGGGGAUGCUUUAUGUUGGCCACAUAAUCAUUAUAAGCAUCCAUACUGUUUAUGAAAUUGCACAAGAUGCUGAGGAUUUUUUUUAAUUGAAUCUCGACAUGAUUGAGGAAAUAUUAAAUAGUGGUUAUUUCACCGAGUAUCAAUAGACAAUUGGAAGAAAAUAUGACAGUAUUAAUGAUUUUAAUGCACUUUACCAGUUUAAAAACGGUUUGGGAACAUGAAUGGACGCUUCUGUGGAUUUUGACUCUGCACCCUGUCAGGCCUGAGAGGCUCUUUGAUUGGCCUUUUCUCAGUAUAAAGAGCUGCAGCAGAGAAGGCCGCAGCUAAAUCUGCUGGACCUUGUUUGACGCAAGUGGAUCAGGAGGAAAACACCGACUGUGUUUGAGCUGAACCUGAAUCCGCCACCGAGUGACACCCCGCAUGAGACUGUAACACAGAGUGACUCACAGACUGUGGGGGGCAGCGUUCUCCAAAAGCAUCCAAGGUCUUAUGAGGACAGGUCGGUUUGAAUCCUCUUAAUUUCAUUCCCGGGGACACCAUCACCCGACCAGCAUCAGAUGGCAGGAUCGGCUGCAAAGAUGUUCUUAUAAUGAGCAGUGAAAUGAAAUUCGCCAUCAUUACUGGACGACAAAGAGCAGGAGAGAAAGAAAGACACAAAGAGAGAACGAAAGAAUGAAAGAAAGGCUGGAUAAGGGCUACAGUGUGAGAGUCUCUGCACCUCCAGCUCUGCUUCCCCGCAGCUGGAAUGAAAAUUGUUGUCUGCAGUGUCUCACCGAGUAACGUUUGUUCUCCUGUGUGUGUGCAGAGAGCGUCCCUGCAUCUGUAUGAUUCACACUAAAAGUCUAAUGACCUUUUUCUCACUCUUGCUGCAUGAAUUAUUUUUCAACACUGCUGUUCUUUUUUCAAGUCGAGUUAACAGGAAGGGUCACUGUCAAUGAAAAGUGCCAAGGUUGGUGUUUAAAAAGUGCUUUGUGAGCCUGUGUUAAAAAAUAUUUUAAAAAAGAGGCGUAUUUAUUUUGUAAUUUUGUACAUUGUGUUUUGAAGUUCUUGUUAAUGUCUCUGUUGAAGUGCCACUUGUGAGACGCCGUCCUUAUGAACAGGAAGGUGCCCGUGUUGCACAAAAUGUGAUAAAUAGGAGCACGGUAGCCAAAAGCAUGCAGAGGCUGCACCAGCACCACAGAAUUUAAUAUUUAUAACCUACUAAUGGGAGGAAAAAUACACUAAUCUACCUAUUCAAUAUAACCUAUUAAUUAGGGAUCAUUCAGCUUUUCUGUCACUGUAAUGUCUGAAUAUUAGUUUUGAGCUCUGUUUGCAUGUUACACCACGUUUGUGCACACAGCGAAAUCCAAUUCUUUUACUAAGCUAACACAAAGAAUAACAGGGCAGUGGGUUCCUUCACAUAUCAGUCAUAACGAGCUCAAAUAAAACUUUGUACUUCA